UUCAUUUUGUGGCUCUAAAUCUCUCCUCUUUUGAUGACUUGGCAUUUCACCUUCAAUUCUCACCCCCACAAUUCCUAAUUUUCAUUUCUUUAUAUAUUCUCUUCUCCUUUCUUACUGCAACUGAUCAUCCUCAACUCGACGAGUCAAUCAAAUUAUGUAAAAUUAUUUUAUAGCCAAAAGAAUAAAUAUGUCAGAGAAUUAUGAAGAUUUUUCAAUUAAGCUUUUUGGGAAGACGAUUCAAGUAGGUUCAAAUAUUAAUGAUGAUUUUGUGAGUGCAUCGGUUUUUGAGCCUUCUUCUGCUGCUGUUGAUUUUGAAUAUGAUUGUGAAAGUACUUGCGAUCAGAAUCUUCUCUGCUCUAAACAGGACAAAAUCAGGGGAAAUGAGGAAAAAAUAACAAAAGAAGCAAUGGAAACCAAGCGAGAAGGGGAACUAUCUUGUACCUCAGUUUUAGAUGAGCCUAAAACACCAACUACCCCUUCAACAGACACCGAAAAGCCGAAAACUUGUACCAUAGACAAAUUUUGCUCAUCCCAAGACCAACCUAAGAAAGAUCAAGACCAAAGUGAUCAAGCAAGCAGUAAUUCUGAGUCAAAUGACCAAAACCCUCUCAAAAAACCUGAUAAAAUUGUCCCUUGUGCUAGGUGUAGUAGCAUGGACACAAAAUUCUGUUACUAUAACAACUAUAAUGUUAACCAGCCGCGCCACUUCUGUAAAAGCUGUCAAAGAUACUGGACUGCUGGUGGCUCUAUGAGGAAUGUUCCUGUGGGUGCAGGAAGACGGAAGAACAAGAAUUCUGCGGCUUCUCAUCACCGCCAUCUAGUGAUUCCGGGAGCCUCUGAUUGCCUAAUUCACCAAGUGAUGAGGCCAGAUGGGACAGUUCUUGCCUUUGGGAUGGAUUCACCUCCUAAUUAUUCCAAGGAUUCACAGAAAAACUCGGUGUCAUUCUCGAAUCCUAAUCUGGUCUCCAUGAAGGAAGCAAAUUGUAAUGGAGGGACAAUAGAGAGUCCUCAGCCGGUUCCAUGCUUUCCUUACAGUUGGAACCCUGUCUCUUGGCAAUCAGGGUUUCCUGUAUCGUUCUACUCGACAUCCUCGCCUCAGUGGGGUGACAGCAUAGCUGCAGGACCUUGCAAUCUGCAGUGGAUACCAACUCAGUCAUUAAACUCUGAUCAGUCAUCUACAAAUUCCAGUCCUAAUAAUUCUUCUUCCCUAGGAAAACAUUCUAGGGAGGGUAGGACAUUGGAGCCAUUGAACACUGACAACAACGAGUCUUCCAAUGACAAAGAACUCGAAAACUUAAUGCCAAAGACACUGAAGAUCAAUGAUCCUAUAGAGGCUUCUAAGAGCUCAAUAUGGACUAUUCUCGGAGUCAAGAACAACAAUCACAAUGCUAGCUCUUCAAUCGGGAGAGUAGCAUUUUUUGGAGGGUUACAACAAGCUAAGGAUGUCAACAACUAUGAGAUAAACAACAAUGCAGCUGGUGUUGAAGCAUCAUCUUUAGCUCUACAAGCCAAUCCCGCGGCAUUUUCAAGGUCCCUAGCAUUUCAUGAAAUUGCUCAAUGAAAGCUAAUGAGCAAUGCUAGAGUAAAAUUUAUUUACAGGUACAAAAAUUAGAGGCAAUAACUUGAAUUUGAUCACUAUAUGAUGUAACUAGAUAGUGAAUUAAAUAGAUUUUGGUGGGUUGGUAGGUGUGCAAAAAGAAGCUGCACAAAUCAGCAAAGGAAGUGAUGUACUCUGCUUAUAUUUGGCUUCUCAUUAGCUAAGGGAAGCCUUUUUCCCCAACCCUUUUAUUCUUAAUGUUCCCUUGUCUAAGUCUGUGUAUAUAUUCAAGCUUUUUUUUUUUUUUUUUU